AUGUUCGGGGUCUGUGGCCGAAACUCAAGCAAAGAUGAAAUAGUGGAGAGUCACAGCACGGUGCACGCCCCGCACGCGCCGCCGAACCCCGAGCCAGCCUGCCCACGGCACGGCACGGUGCACGCCCGGCACGCGCCGCCGAUCCGCCAAGCCAGCCUGCCCACGCCACAGCACAGCACGGUGCACGCCCGGCACGCGCCGCCGAACCCCGAGCCAGCCUGCCCACGCCACGGCACAGCACGGUGCACGCCCGGCACGCGCAGCCGAACCGCCAAGCCAGCCUGCCCACGCCACGGCACGGCACAGCACGGUGCACGCCCGGCACGCGCAGCCGAACCGCCAAGCCAGCCUGCCCACGCCACGGCACGGCACAGCACGGUGCACGCCCAGCACGCGCCGCCGAACCCCGAGCCAGCCUGCCCACGCCACGGCACAGCACGGUGCACGCCCGGCACGCGCAGCCGAACCCCGAGCCAGCCUGCCCACGCCACGGCACAGCACGGUGCACGCCCGGCACGCGCAGCCGAACCCCGAGCCAGCCUGCCCACGCCACGCCACGGCACAGCACGGUGCACGCCCGGCACGCGCCGCCGAACCCCGAGCCAGCCUGCCCACGGCACGGCACGGCACAGCACGGUGCACGCCCAGCACACGCCGCCGAUCCGCCAAGCCAGCCUGCCCACGCCACAGCACAGCACGGUGCACGCCCAGCACGCGCCGUCGAUCCCCGAGCCAGCCUGCCCACGGCACGGCACGGUGCACGCCCAGCACACGCCGCCGAUCCGCCAAGCCAGCCUGCCCACGGCACGGCACGGUGCACGCCCAGCACGCGCCGCCGAUCCCCAAGCCAGCCUGCCCACGCCACAGCACAGCACGGUGCACGCCCAGCACGCGCCGUCGAUCCCCGAGCCAGCCUGCCCACGCCACGGCACAGCACGGUGCACGCCCGGCACGCGCCGCCGAUCCCCGAGCCAGCCUGCCCACGGCACGGCACAGCACGGUGCGGUGCACGCCCAGCACGCGCCGCCGAACCCCGAGCCAGCCUGCCCACGCCAUGCCACGGCACGGUGCGGUGCACGCCCAGCACGCGCCGCCGAAACCCAAGCCAGCCUGCCCACGCCACGGCACGGCACAGCACGGCGCGGUGCACGCCCGGCACGCGCCGCCGAACCCCGAGCCAGCCUGCCCACGCCACGGCACGGCACAGCACGGUGCACGCCCAGCACGCGCCGCCGAUCCCCAAGCCAGCCUGCCCACGCCACGCCACAGCACGGUGCACGCCCAGCACGCGCCGCCGAUCCCCAAGCCAGCCUGCCCACGCCACGCCACAGCACGGUGCACGCCCAGCACGCGCCGCCGAACCCCGAGCCAGCCUGCCCACGCCACAGCACAGCACGGUGCACGCCCGGCACGCGCCGCCGAUCCCCGAGCCAGCCUGCCCACGCCACGCCACAGCACGGUGCACGCCCAGCACGCGCCGCCGAACCCCGAGCCAGCCUGCCCACGCCACAGCACAGCACGGUGCACGCCCGGCACGGCCGCCGAACCCCGAGCCAGCCUGCCCACGCCACGCCACGGCACAGCACGGUGCACGCCCGGCACGCGCCGCCGAACCCCGAGCCAGCCUGCCCACGCCACGGCACAGCACGGUGCACGCCCGGCACGGCCGCCGAACCCCGAGCCAGCCUGCCCACGGCACGGCGCGGUGCGGUGCACGCCCAGCACGCGCCGCCGACCCGCCAAGCCGGCACCGCAGCAGAACCCCAGCAGAAGCAGAGACAAUGA